UAUAAUGGUUGCCUGGCCCAUCGGUCUGGUCGCCGGCGCCGCGACGCGAGAUCCAGCUAAGCUAGGGUUUCUUUCAACUCCUGGAGAACUAUCGGCGAACGGGCUUGUUGGAAGGGCAAACAUGAGUAAGCUUCAGACCGAUGCCCUUAGAGAAGCUAUCACAACCAUUAUCAAAGACUCCACAGAGAAUAAGCGAAACUUUGUGCAGACUAUUGAACUCCAGAUUGGGUUGAAGAAUUAUGAUCCCCAAAAAGAUAAGCGUUUCAGUGGUUCUGUGAAGCUACCACAUAUUCCUCGCCCGAAAAUGAAAGUAUGCAUGCUUGGAGAUGCUCAGCAUGUAGAAGAGGCGGAGAAAAUAGGUUUGAGUUAUAUGGAUGUGGAAGCUUUGAAGAAGCUAAAUAAGAACAAAAAACUUGUUAAAAAGCUUGCCAAGAAGUAUCAUGCCUUUUUGGCUUCAGAAUCUGUCAUCAAACAGAUCCCUCGACUAUUGGGUCCUGGUCUUAACAAGGCAGGGAAGUUUCCUACACUUGUUACUCAUCAGGAGUCCCUUGAGUCUAAAGUUAAUGAGACCAAGGCUACAGUAAAGUUCCAGCUGAAGAAGGUUCUCUGCAUGGGAAUUGCCGUGGGGAAUGUCUCUAUGGAGGAGAAGCAGAUAUUUCAGAAUGUCCAAAUGAGUAUUAACUUCCUUGUUUCCUUGUUGAAGAAGAAUUGGCAGAACGUUAAAGUUCUGCACCUUAAGAGCACCAUGGGCAGUCCAAACCGCAUCUUCUGAGUUAAAUUUUUGUCUGCUAACUAGUGCAAGGAGUUUUGCUAGUUACUUUGUUUCCUUGAUUAGUAGUGUUGAAAUGUUUUUUUUUUUUUUUGAUAAGAGUAGUGUUGAAAUGUUCAGACAUGCACAAGAUUUUGUUGGAGAAAUUGAGUUAUUGCAUUAUAAUUUUGACCCUCAACUGGAGCUUUGUCAUUAUUUUCUUCAUUUACUGUGUGUGAUGCCCCCUUAUUUGUUCA